AUAGGGCAAGAUGAAAGUAAGAUUGCAGAUCUGGUCUUCGAAAAUCCUUCCUUGUGCGAAGCCAUGCCUCGAAAAUGUGGGCUUUGCAAUCAGAGUAUUCUUGAUGAUGCCUUUCCUCGGUUUAAAAGGCUUGAUCCUCAAAGAUAUGUGCUUCGAUUCCUCCAAAAUGGGUGCGGACUCCCAGGCUGCCCAGGUAACCAGCUGGGUGCCUGGGCCAUACCAGCAGACCCCUCGGUGAAGUACACUCGACCAGACCGGAACAAGCUCGUCGCUCUCCCAAGAAAAUCAAACUGGGAGGCAUAUUUUCUACGGAAUGGUGUAGAAAAUGAAUCUCUUCCUGAUAAUGUGACGCUUGUGUGUUGCCGCUGUCGUACGCAAUUGUUUGACGAUACCGAGCCGCGCUGGACAAGGGAGUCCACCCCUCGCUAUGUUCUACGGCGACCCAAUUGCAAGACCUGCAAUAAGAAGAACAUUAAUUGGUCACCACAAAAUACUUCGAUUCCUUGGGUAGACUCGUCAAAACUUUCGCGGAAGUGGGCAAGCCUCUUGAAACAACCCGCGUUUGAUCCAGAAGAUGUUGUCAAGAAUCCAGACUGGUAUUUUCCAACGGCUGAAGCGCAAAAGGCAGAUCAUCAAUGAGUAGACGUCCGGCAAAAAAAGAGAACUCUACUUUCCUCUAACGAUUCCUUGCGUAUUGGUAGCUCAACAGCAUGCAGGGCUCCCGUCACUACAUUGGUGAUAAUCAUUAGAUCGUAGCGGUUGAAAAUCGUCAAUGGAGCUUGAAAUGUUAUAACCAGA